AUGAUUUUCUUUCUUCACUCUCUAUUUCUUUCCUUCUCCCACCUAUUUUUCUUCCUUUCUUUCUUUUCAUUAUUCCUUCUCGUUCUCAUUCUUCCUUCAUUAUUUCUUGUCAUUAUUUUUUCUUUCUUUCUUUCUUUCUUUCUUUCUUUCUUUCUUUCUUUUUCUUUUUUCUUUCUUUCUUCAGCACUUGUCAUCCUAAUCCUAAUCUUUCAUCUUUGUUUUCUCUUUCUUUGGUUUUCUUUCUUUGCUCUAUCUACAUUGAUUUCCUUCUCACACCGAAUUUUCUUUCUUUCUUUCUUUCUUUCUUUCUUUCUUUCUUUCUUUCUUUCUUCCUUUCUUUCUUUCGUCCUUCCUUUCUUUCUUUCUUUCUUUCUUUCUUUCUUUCUUUCUUUCUUUCUUUCUUUCUUUUCUAAACGUACUUGGUAUCUUUCGUCUUUUUUCUUUCCCUUUUUCUAUUUACCCUCGGUUUUCUUUCUUUCUUUCUUUUUUCUUUCUUUCUUUCUUUCUUUCUUUCUUUCAGCUAUUUUCUAUUUAUCCUUGGCUUUCUUUCGUUUUUUUUUUUUUCUUUCUUUCUUUCUUUCUUUCUUUCCUUAUUUCUUUCUUUUCUUUGCUUAUAUUAUUUUUUAUUUUAUCCUCGGCCUUUUUCUUUCUUUCUUUCUUUCUAUUUUCUAUUUACUCUCAGGUUUUUUUUCUUUCUUUCUUUCUUUCUUUCUUUCUUUCUAUUUACUCGGCUUUCUUUCUUUGUUUAUAUCCAUUUUCUAUUUACCUCAGCUUUCUUUCUUUUUUUUUUUCUUUCCUUUAACUAUUUUCUAUUUAUCCUUGGCUUUCUUUCUUUUUCUUUUUCUUUCUUUUUUUUUUUUCUUUCUUUCUUUCUUUCUUUUUUCUUUCAGCUAUUUUUCUUUAUCCUUGGCUUUCUUUCGUUUUUUUUUCUUUCUUUCUUUCUUUUUUCUUUCUUUCUUUCCUUAUUUCUUUUUGUUUUCUUUUGCUUAUAUCUAUUUUAUUUACCCUCGGCCUUCUUUCUUUCUUUCUUUUCUUUCUAUUUUCUAUUUACUCUCAGGUUUCUUUCUUUCUUUUCUUUCUUUCUUUCUUUCUUUUCUUUUUUUUUCUUUUCUUUCUUUCUUUGCUUAUAUCCAUUUUCUAUUUACCCUCAACUUUUCUUUUCUUUUUUUUUUUUCCUUUAACUUUUUUCUAUUUAUCCUUGGCUUUCUUUCUUUUUUCUUUUCUUUCUUUCUUUCUUUCUUUCUUUUCUUUCUUUCUUUCUUUCUUCCAACACUUGACAUUUUACUCGCAGCCCUUUCAUCUUCGAUUUUCACUUUCUUUGAUUUUCACUCUUUAAUUUCUCUAUACGUCUUUCAUUCUCUCGCCUAUUUUUCUCCUUUUCUUUCUUUUCUUUAUUCCUUCUUUUUUUUCCAUUCCUUAUUUUUCUUUCUUGCUUUGUUCUUUCAAUACUUUUCAUCUAAUCCUAACUCUUUCAUUUUUAUUUUUCAUUCUUUGGUUUUCUUUCUUUGCUCUCUCUAUAUUUAUUUCCUUCUUGCAUCAAUUUUUCUUCCUUUUGACUAUCUCCGUCUUUCAUUCCUUCUUUCUUUCUUUCUUUCUUUAUUUAUUUAUUUAUUUAUUUAUUUCUAA